AUGUUAAAAAAAUCCACGCGAGUAAAUAAUAACAAAAUUGAUCCAGCAUCUUCACAAACUGGUUCACACCCUCUUCCUCAUCACACGCAAGUUGACCAUCAAGACAACUUCAAGAAUAUCCCAUCGACUUCAUCUAAAUCCGGCUCGAAAUGCAGCGUAUCACGAUGUUUGUGCAUUCAGUUAUUGGUUCUGUUGGGCCUGUUGGUGCUGACAGCUAUCAUUAUUCCCAUUGUAGUAUUAAUAUUAGAGAAUCAAUCGUCAACAUCACCCUGCGCUGUAACAUAUUCUCAGAGUUUUACUGCCUUUACAACUCAAGCAGCUCAAUGUACAGCAUGGCAGCAGUUCGCUGCAAGUUUGACUUGUACGAGCUAUUCAAAAAUGCGAAUCUAUGGUUCGAACGAUCCAGUUGGCAUCACAGUUACUGAUCCAAAUACUGUCACUGCUCUAGCAGUUGCCUUACGCUAUAAUACUGCAAUGGCCCUGACUUAUAAUGGAAUAGCCUGGCGUAUAUGGCCAUGCAGCAGUGGUUAUGAAAUCACUUCAUCGGGAUCUGCGUGUAGCUGUACAACAGGUUACUAUACAAUAAGACCAUGUCCUUGGAUUAAUGGAUAUUGGGGUGGUAUCGCCUCGGCGUCAUGCAAUGCAGCAUCGCAAACAAUGUCACUAUCUUUUGAAUGA